AUGGUCCAGAAAAUUCAAACCGGGUGUGAUCCGGUCAAAACCCGUCAAAUCCUGGUGGUUGGCUUUGCUGGAAUGGUUUCCAGGUUAGAGACGACCAACCCUCCUCCUUCCAUCACCAGCAGCCGGCCAUCUUCAACCUUCCUCGGCGACAACAAUGGAGGUCUUUCUUCUGACUACCCUCCUCACCUUCUCGGCGAAGAUGACGGCCUCCUCCCCUUCCCGACGACGACGAUGAAGAAUCUGAGUAGGAAUGACAAGGACGAAGAGACGGUAUCUUGCGGUUCCAACAGGGAAGAGACUUGCAAGCUAUGUUUCUAGGGUAGAAGUAGGGGUAGGUCAGAUUCCUUCCUCGAGUAAGGGUACCAGCAAGAAACAGCGCCGUGAGAGCCGGGAUAAGAGCAACAAGAUAGGGGAAGAGGAAACGUACCGAUGAUGUUAGGGCAAGAAGUACAUCCCACAAACAAUUUCUUAGUGACUUCAAUAGUUGCAUUUGCUGGAUAUUUUAUAGUUGUUGGCAUUUCCCUUUUUUUAUAACACAUUGUACUGCACGGU